AUGCUUGCUCGCCUUACCCUCGCCCUUGCCUUCUUGAUGACUGCGUCAGGCCAGCGCCCGACGAAGGAUGAAUGCGCUGGUCUUCGUACAUGCACCCGCGAGCUCGACCCCGUGUGCGGCUCGGAUGGCGUCACCUACUUCAACCCCUGCGCGUUUAAAUUUUCUCAAUGCGACAAACACGACCUGACCCUUCGUGCCCGUGGGCAAUGCGACCCAACGCAGGUGAAGACGGAAGAAUGCGCUCGUGUUUACGGUUCAUGUACCCGCGAGCACAACCCCCAGUGCGGCUCGGAUGGCGUCACCUACGGCAACCCCUGCCACUUUAACCGUGCUAAAUGCGACAACCCCGGCCUGACCAUUCAUGCCAGUGGGCGAUGCGACCCACCGCAGGUGAAGACGGAAGAAUGCGCUCGUGUUUACGGUUCAUGUACCCGCGAGCACAACCCCCAGUGCGGCUCGGAUGGCGUCACCUACGGCAACCCCUGCCACUUUAACCGUGCUAAAUGCGACAACCCCGGCCUGACCAUUCAUGCCAGUGGGCGGUGCGACCCAACAGAAUGCUGA